AUGACAUCGACACACCUCAGUUCCGUUGAGAUGAUCGAACUAGGCCUCUCUCGCGUCACCCAGCUGGUCCGCAAGCCAAGUCUGAAUUGGAAGGCGGUCCAUGUCGCUGGAACAAAUGGCAAAGGCUCAAUCACCGGAUACCUUUCCGCCCUUCUCACCGCAGGCGGCGUUCGGUGCGGCUCCUUUACUUCGCCCCACCUAAUCGAUCGCUGGGAUUGUAUUACGGUCAAUGAGCGCGUCAUCCAGGAGCCUGUAUUUCGCCGAAUCGAAGAUGAAGUCAAGCACAGAGAUCAGCAGCUGGGUCUUGGGGCUACGGAAUUUGAGCUUUUGACUGCCACCGCGUUCGAAGUAUUCCAUCAGGAGCAGGUUGACGUGGGGAUCGUCGAAGUUGGCGUGGGCGGCCGUCUUGAUGCGACGAAUAUUUUGACGAACGUUCUGGCAUCGAUCAUCUCAAAAGUCGGAUACGAUCAUCAGGCUCUUCUGGGGAAUACUAUUGAAGAGAUCGCCAAGGAAAAAGCAGGCAUUAUAAAGCCAGGAGUGCCAUGUCUAGUGGAUGGCACAAAUUUGCCAGAAGUGCAGAAAGUAAUCAGUGCCCAUGCGGAGACGCUAGGCGCACCGACAAUGUUCGUCGAAGCUCAAGAGGUUGGCCGAUUAUUCCCGGCUCUUCGCCGCCACUUUGAAGACCGUGACCUGCUUCCUCACCAACGCGCAAACCUGUCCUGUGCUAUCAUGGCAUUACAGACAGCAUUGCCUCAGAUUAGACCGCAGCUCACCGUCGACCAACUGCUCCCCUUCGUUCCUAAAUCCCCUCGCGCUGGUCGAUUGCAGGAGGUUUGCCUGGAGCCGUUGAUCUCUCGAAAAGAGCUGGUGUUGCUCGACGGCGCCCACAAUCCCCAGUCUGCGGGUGUACUUGCUUCAUAUGUGAACCAAAAGCUCCGCGUACAUGGCCAGGGGAUUACUUGGGUCGUGGCGGCUUCGCAGGGGAAAGAUACUGAAGAAUUGUUCGGCAGCAUGUUCAAACCUGGCGACAAUGUGGUCGCCGUAGAGUUUGGACCGGUCGCGGGUAUGCCGUGGGUUCAGAGUGUGAACACCACAAACCUGGUUACCGUAGCACGCUCUGUAUCCGAUCUUGGAGCCGUGGAAGGAUUUGGUGCCAAUGUUGUGGGAGGAUUGAACUGGGCUAGUACUGUGUCAGCCGGGGGGCCUAUGGUUAUUGCAGGCAGCUUAUAUCUUGUAUCUGAAGUUCUGAGGCUGCUGCGGGAAGCCCAAGCUGCAAGUAGCUAA